AUGACCGAAUUCCUCUCCAAAUCUUCAAAGAAAGUUAUCAAUAUCGCAGACUUCGGCAUCGAUGAGAAGCCUACGGAAGACGUUAAUCACAUCUAUAUUGAUACCAGAGAAGAAGGAUUUCGGGAUUUCUUCGGCGGCUACGUCCCCCAAUCCAGGCCCGAGGAUGCCCCGACAUUUCACUUGAUCGAGCCACCUUCCAGCAGCACCUGGAUGAACAGCAGCCCGGCUGGCGAUGACUACAAGGCGGCAUGGAUGUUGACUGUCAAAGGGCAGUACGCACGACUCUGGGGGUUCGCUUUCAAGGGGGUCUGCGCUGAUAGGAGGAACGUGUGGAUAUCGCUACUCCCACGCUCUUCCCACAACAACACGCCCGGCGAUUACAGCAGCCUAUAUAAGGAUUUGAAGAAUGACCACCAGGAGAUUUUUGGGAUGCUCAAGUGGGCGCACGCUUACAAGGGGUUGUCAACGAAGCAGGUCAUCAGCGCCGCCAACGGCGAGGAAGACAACAUGUGGGUCGAGAAGGGCGGCACUCUUCAGCCAGUUUCCAUCUUGCGGAGGGAUGGUGACAGUUUCAUCGUCAGGAAAUUGCCCAAUAAGGGCGAGCGAGAGGUACCGACAUCGGGCUGGCAUCCUGCAUUUUUCCUCAACGCAAACGGCGUCGAAAAGCAGUGCUGGCAGGGCCACCAGCUCUGGUCGCUCGACAACCUCGAGCAUUACCUACAUUCGAUGAGACCCGGAUCGCCUCACCGAAUUUGGGGCUUUCUUGGCUAG